AUGCCUAUUGGGACGGUGGAGCAGAUAGAAAAGCAUUUGCGACAGAACAAAGAGCUAGGAAAAAACAAGAAGGAAACUGAACAAAUAAAGUUGUUAUUAAAGGAAAUCAUUAAGGCCAAAGAAAAAAGCAUUGAAUACAAAAAGUGCUUGCUAGAAUUAAUGGAUAUGAUUAUUAUAAACAGAAUGAAUAUGAUAGAAGAAAUUGGACUAAUAGAGGGCUAUUAUAGGAAGGUAAGUGUUAGUAAUAAUGUGUCUGAAUUAAUUGCAUACUUUGAAGGGUGCCAAAACGGAAAAAAAGAAAAUUAA